UCAAAUCAAUUCCUCACAAUUACUUUGGUCGAUCUCGCUUCUUCCCAGGACUUGGAGGAAGAGAGACAUCCAUUCUUAGUUUGCUCUAUUCUCUUCUCGUGACGCAAACCUCUUCUGACCGUUAUCCAUACGAAUUCGCAUGGCAAAGGGAAGCAGCAAGUUACAGUCGUGGAUGGAGGUAGCUCCGGCUCCUAUCAUUUAUCCUCAAAAACCUUCAAAUUCUCCCGGUUUGGAGACCAUUGCGGAAGACGAUGCUGAAGAAGAAUACGGUGAGAAUUCAGAAAUUUAGGAAAGAUGAGUUUUAGGAAUCUCUCCUAAUCGUAUCAGACUCUUAGUAGACAUAGAACUUAAGGAAUAAACAGAGAGCUGUGAGCGAUGUGAUCGCAUGUAAAUUUGCUCUUUAUGUAUUUUGUAGUGAUCCCUCUUUUAAAGAAUGUAAGUGUUACUUUGUUCUCGUUGUCAGUAUUUCCUAACGAGUAAUGAUUUAUGGGAUAAAAUUUUGGGAUGAAA